AUGAGUGACGAUGCACUUUUUGAUGUUUUUGAUCAAGAUGAACCGAGUGCUAUCGUUGAAUUACCAAAAAAUGUAACUAUUAUUGAACAAAUAACAACAACAACAACAACUACAAUCAUAAAAGAAGAAAAUGAUAGUGAAAAAAUCUCUCAUGAUAAACGUGUAUGGGAAGAAGAUGAUGAUCAAAUCGAUAUAACAAUAAAACGUAAUCGAACUGAUUUAUUAACUGAAACUGGUUCAGGAGGUUUUUUUGAAAAUGUUCCACGAAUGCAAAUUCAUACUGUUGAAACAAUUGAAUCAUGUUUACAUGAAGUUGUUUUACCACCAAAUUUUGAAUAUGUACCAUUAAAAGCACCUAUUGGUCCACCGGCUAAAGAAUAUAAAUUUAAUCUUGAUCCAUUUCAACGUGAAGCUAUAACAUGUUUACAAAAUAAUCAAUCAGUACUUGUUUCAGCUCAUACAUCAGCUGGAAAAACUGUUGUAGCUGAAUAUGCUGUUGCUAUGGCAUUACGUGAUAAACAACGUGUUAUAUAUACAACACCAAUAAAAGCUUUAAGUAAUCAAAAAUAUCGUGAAUUACAUGAAGAAUUUAAAGAUGUUGGUCUUAUGACUGGUGAUGUAACACUUAAUCCAUCAGCAUCAUGUCUUAUUAUGACAACAGAAAUUCUUCGAUCAAUGCUUUAUCGUGGUUCAGAAAUAACUCGUGAAGUUGCAUGGGUUAUAUUUGAUGAAAUACAUUAUCUUCGUGAUAAAGAACGUGGUGUUAUAUGGGAAGAAACAAUUAUUUUAUUACCAGAUAAUGUUCAUUAUGUAUUUCUAUCAGCUACUAUACCAAAUGCAAAACAAUUUGCUGAAUGGAUAUCAUUUCUUCAUAAUCAACCUUGUCAUGUUGUAUAUACUGAUGUUCGACCUGUACCUCUUCAUCAUUAUAUUUAUCCAGCUGGUGCUGAUGGUCUUCAUUUAGUUGUUGAUGAAAUGGGUAAAUUUCGUGAAGAUAAUUUUAGUUCAGCUAUGGCAACAUUACGUGAUGUUGGUGAUGCAGCAAAAGGUGAUAAACGUGGAAGACGAGGUGGUUUAAAAACUGAAACAAAUGUAUUUAAAAUUGUUAAAAUGAUUAUGGAACGAAAUUUAGCACCAGUUAUUGUUUUUAGUUUUAGUAAAAAAGAUUGUGAAACAUAUGCAUGUGCAAUAGCAAAACUUGAUUUUAAUUCUGAGGAUGAAAAACAUCUUGUUGAAGAAGUAUUUAAUAAUGCAAUUGAUCUAUUAUCUGAUGAAGAUAAAAAAUUACCUCAAAUAAAUACUGUUUUACCAUUACUUAAAAGAGGUGUUGGUAUACAUCAUUCAGGUUUAUUACCAAUUAUAAAAGAAACAAUUGAAAUACUUUUUGGUGAAGGUCUUAUUAAAGCUUUAUUUGCAACAGAAACAUUUAGUAUGGGCUUAAAUAUGCCUGCUCGUACAGUACUUUUUACAGCUGCUAGAAAAUUUGAUGGAAAAGAAUUACGUUGGAUAACAUCUGGUGAAUAUAUUCAAAUGAGUGGUCGAGCUGGACGUCGUGGAAAAGAUGAACGUGGUAUUGUUGUUUUAAUUAUUGAUGAACGUAUGAGUCCAACAACAGCAAAAGAUAUUGUUAAAGGAAAAGCUGAUCCAUUAAAUAGUGCAUUUAAAUUAACAUAUAAUAUGGUAUUAAAUUUAUUACGUGUUGAAGGUAUUAAUCCAGAAUUUAUGCUUGAAAGAUCAUUUUAUCAAUUUCAACAUUUUUCAUCAAUACCGGCACUUUAUGAAAAAUUACAAACUUGUGAACAACAAUAUGAUUCAAUUAAAAUUGAAAAUGAAGAAGAAGUUGCAAGAUAUUAUAAAUUAAAAAAAAAACUUGAACUUGUACAAGAUCAAAUUGCUAUUAUGAUAAAUGAACCAAAAUAUUUAUUACCAUUUUUACAGCCUGGUCGUCUUGUUACAGUGAAAUCUGGUGAUCUUAAUUUUGAUUGGUGUGUUGUACUUAAUUUUCAUAAAAAACCUGGUGAAAAACCAAUUUAUAUCGUUGAUGUUUUAGCACAUUUAACAUUAGAAAGUGCUACACAAAAAUUAACAGCUGAAAUUCAACCAUGUUCAUUAUUUGAAAGAGGUGAAAUGAAAGUUAUUCCAAUUCAACAUACAUUAAUACGUGAUAUAAGUGCUAUAAGAGUUUAUCUACCAGAUGAUUUACGAACAAAAGAAUCUCGACAAAGUAUAUUAAAAUCGGUUCAAGAUAUAAUACAACGUCAUCCAUUAGGUUUACCAUUACUUGAUCCAAUACAUGAUAUGGGUAUUAAAUCAAAUGAUAUGAUAUCAUAUAUAAAACAAUAUUCUAUAUUACAAACACGUCUUGAUGAACAUCCAUUAACAAAAAAUUUACAAUUAAAAAAAAUUUAUGAACAAUAUGAAUGUAAAGCAAAUAUUGAAAAACAAGUUCUUGAUGCUAAAAAUGAAUUAAAAAAAGCACAAUCAUUAUUACAAAUAGGUGAUUUAAAAAGACAUAAACGUGUUUUACGUCGUUUAGGUUAUUGUAAUUCAGCUGAUGUUAUUGAUUUAAAAGGACGUGUAGCAUGUGAAAUUGAUACAGGUGAUGAACUUGUUACAACAGAACUUUUAUUUAAUGGUGUUUUUAAUGAUUUAACUGUUAGUCAAGCAUGUGCUUUACUUAGUUGUUUUGUUUUUCAAGAAAAAGCUAAUGAAAUGCCUAAAUUACCACAAGAAUUAUCAGGACCAUUACAUCUUUUACAGGAAGCAGCUCGUCGUGUAGCACGAGUAUCAAUUGAAAGUAAAAUUGAAAUGGAUGAAGAACGUUAUGUUGAUGGAUUUAAACCAUAUAUGAUGGAUGUUGUUAAAGCAUGGGUAGAUGGACAAAGUUUUGCUAGUAUUUGUAAAAUGACAACAAUAUUCGAAGGAUCAAUUGUACGUUGUAUGCGACGACUUGAAGAACUUCUUCGACAAAUGUGUUGUGCUGCUAAAGCUAUUGGUAAUAGUGAACUUGAAGCAAAAUUUACUGAAGGUACACAAAAGAUCAAACGUGAUAUUGUUUUUGCAGCUUCAUUAUAUUUAUAA